AUGAAACUUAUUCCUCUUAUGCCUUCUAUUGCUAACACCUCAAUUACAGGUCAACAAGAUAGCUGGAAAUGGCUACCAUCAGGUAACGGGGAGUUUUCUUUUCAUUCAGCGUGGAAUCACAUUCGUAGCUCUGGUGCUGCAUUUGAACUCUACAAUGUGGUUUGGUAUCCUUCUUCAAAUCCAAGGAUGUCUUAUUGCUUGCUCAAAGCUCUGUAUAAUAGAUUACCAACCAGAGACAGACUGAUUAAUUUUGGAAUUUCAUCUUCUGAAAUCUGUGUGCUCUGUGAUCUAGCGAAGGAAUCUAGAGACCACCUUUAUUUCCAAUGCCCUUACUUGGUUUAUAUCUGGAAACUUUGCAAGCUAAAGCUGCAGAUGAACGACUCUGAUAACAAAGACCUGAACACAGAAGCUCAAAACAUCCAACAAAAGUUCAAGUCAAAAGAUAAAUCUUAUAUAUUGGCAAGAUUAGCGCUGAAUUCAACUGUCUGGCAAGUAUGGCAGGAAAGGAAUAGAAGAAUCUUUCAGAAUCAAAAAAUGCACAAGAUUAUGGUAUUCAGAAGAAUAUAUGAAGACAUAAAUAUUUUGCUCAGAACAUGCAAUUGGAAGGUUGGAAACUCUAAGAUCCUAUCGAAUUGGGGUUAUGACAAACUAUGA